GUGACAACGUGAUUCAUUGUUGAUUUUCAUUUGAAGAAGGGCAAAGGUUUUUGAAGAAGAACUACAAACUGAUUUACCUUGAUGCUUCGUUCUUGGUUCGUCUUGAGCUUCAUCCUACUAACAUUAUACGGUUAUUCCCGCUGUGUAACAGUAAUUUCGCACCAUUUACGGUUAAAUGUGUAGCGUCGCUAAUUACAAAUUAAACAUUCGGAAUUAACCUUAAUUUAUUUAAAGAAUACACGAAAAGAAAUAUAAGAGGAAUUAAAAAUCAGCGGAAGAUAAAAUCUUUUAUGACGACACGUAGUACAAAUUCCCUAUAUUUGGUAGAUUAAAGCAGAAACAAAAGAAAGAAACGACUGUCAAGGAUAACAAGGGACAGAAAUACAUUACACGUGAAACAGUAGAGAGGAAAGCAGACAUUCAACGAGAGUUGAGAAUCACCAAAAGACGUAUAGAGAGGAGACGAGGAUGUUGAAAGUAGUGGGAUUGGAGGAUAACCAACGACUCGCAUUGAUGAAAUUUAGGCGGGCAGUUCAAGAUAUUCUGAAGCAACCGCAUCAUGACGAUAACUUUCUACUACGUUGGCUCAGAGCAAGAAAAUGGGACUCAGUUGCAGCGGAGAAGAUGCUGCGCGAUUCUGUAGAGUGGCGAAAACAAUGGGAAGUUGAAAAGUUAACCGAAUGGGAUCCUCCUCAAAUUUUGACUGAUCAUCUACCUCACGGUCUAUGUGGUUUUGACAAAGAUGGAGCCCCAGUAAUCGUCGUAUACUUCGAUGCCCUGGAUAUUUAUGGUAUUUUGCAUGUAGUUUCGCGGCGAGACAUGAUACGAGUAACCAUAAAACAUCUUGAAGAAUAUUUAAAAAUAUGUAGAGAGCAAAUGUUAAAGCAUGGUCCUUCAGCUGGUCAAGUGGUUGUAAUUUUUGAUAUGCAGGGUUUUAAUUUGAGACAAUACCUUUGGAGACCAGCUGGCGAGGUUGUAAUUACUUUAAUUCAAAUGUACGAGGCUAAUUAUCCGGAGAUUUUAAAGACCUGUUACAUCAUUAAUGGUACAAUUUAUAUGCUAAGCAUAAUCGUACGAUGUCAUCAUAUAAUAACACAACUGUAUCAUCUUAUAGCGCCAAAAGUUUUUGCAUUUGCAUUUUCCGUUGCGAAGAAAUUUAUGAACGAAUAUACCCUAUCGAAGAUUCAAAUAUAUAAAGCUGAUCCUGUAAAAUGGCAAGCAGCCAUAUUCAGUACCAUUGCUAGAGACCAAGUUCCUGCUUAUUUUGGAGGUACUCUUAAAGAUCUUGAUGGGAAUCCAAAAUAUGGUACUAAGAUUUGUCUUGGUGGAAAAAUUCCUAAAGAAAUGUAUGUAACUAACACGGAAAAAGAUAGAGAGCACUUUACGACGGUUACGAUUAAGAAAGGUGCAAAGCUGGAGAUCGAUAUGGUAGUAACUGAGAUGGGGUCUUUAUUAAGUUGGGAAUUUCGAACUGAAGGUCAUGACAUCAAAUUUGGUAUUGUGAAAAAGGAUAAUAGUGGAAUACAGAAAGAAGUGAUACCUAUUCGACGAGUAGCUGCUCAUCAAUUAGAUGAGAUUGGAAUUCUGACUUGCGAAGUACCUUCUACGUAUUCUGUUAUCUUUGAUAACACAUAUAGUAUUAUGAGAAAUAAGAAAAUCCAUUAUUCUGUAAAAAUUAUACCACCAUCAGAAACACAAGAAAUAGCACCAUAACAUUAUGAUUAGUACAUCAAAAUAAUAA